CUCAAUCAAACAAUGAUUCCGAACAACCCUGUUUAUUUUUUCUUCGAAAUGAGAUCUCCAAGUUUAUGUUUUCCCCUGCAACUCGUUUUUUUUCUCUUCUGGGGCCUGUGAAUGAAAGAAACUAUUCAAGGUGGGAAGAGUAUGAAUUCCCUGCGAAAGUGUUGGUAUUCAUCUUCAAUUGAUUUUGCAAACAAAAUCCCUAACACCACUGCUUCCACAAAUAAUGGAAUAUCGGGAAGAGUUAAGUGGAAUCCUCCUCCAAUACCCCAUCGGAAAAUACCUGAACCUAGAGGCCAAGAUCUUGAUUUUGUGAAUAUUGCUCACAGCCACCUUUUACACUUAGACUGGGCUAAGCUUGAUGCAUUGGCUGAUGCUUUAACCCCAUUCAGAAUCAAACACAUUCUCCUGAAGCUUCACAAAGAUCAUGUGCUUUCACUGGAAUUUUUUGAUUGGGUUGAACUCCGGAGGCCCCAAAUCCACACGCUUGAUUCAUAUUCUAUAAUUCUUCAUAUUCUCACCAAGGCCUAUAAAUUCGGGACUGCCCAGUUUCUUUUGAUGAAUACUGUCAUCCCGAAAACUCUAGAUUCGCCUUCUAAGCUUUUUGAUGCCAUACUCUAUUCAUACCGCCUCUGUGAUUCAUCUCCUCGUGUUUUCGAUUCCCUUUUUAAAACAUAUGCACAUAUGAAGAAGUUUAGGAAUGCAACAGAUACCUUUUGUCAAAUGAAAUUUCAUGGGUUUCUUCCAACCAUUGAGUCUUGCAACGCUUAUAUGAGCUCAUUGAUCAAUCUACAACGGACAGAUAUUGCCUUGUCAUUCUAUAGGGAAAUGAGACGGUGCCGGAUUUCUCCAAACAUUUAUACUCUCAAUAUGGUUGUAUGUGCUCUCUGUAAAAUGGGGAGAUUGGAAAAGGCUAUGGAGGUGUUUAAUGAGAUGGAAACCAUGGGGUGUACACCAACUAUUGCUUCUUUCAAUACAUUAAUUGCAGGUUACUGUAACCACGGAACUCUCAGCUUGGCUAUGAAGCUUAAAAGCACAGUGGAGAUGAAUGGGUGCCACCCUAAUGUUGUUACAUAUAACACCCUCAUCCGUGGAUUCUGCAAAGAAGGGAAAUUGCAUGAAGCAAAUAAAAUUUUUACUGAGAUGAAAGUUACGAAUGUCACUCCUAACACCAUAACUUAUAAUACAUUAAUAGAUGGGUACAGUCAACUUGGCAAUAGUGAGAUGAGUGGUAGGCUUUACGAUGAGAUGGUGAGGAAUGGAGUAAAAGUUGACAUCUUGACUUACAAUGCCUUGAUUUUAGGACUUUGCAAGGAUGGAAAGACUAAGAGAGCUGCAUAUCUGGUUAAAGAACUUGGGAAGGAGAACUUGGUUCAAAAUGCCUCGACCUAUUCUGCCCUUAUUAGUGGCCAGUGUAUGAGACAGAACUCGGAGCGUGCUUUUCAGCUAUAUAAAAGCAUGAAAAGGAGCGGCUGUCAACCAAAUGCUGGUACUUUUAAGAUGCUUAUAAGUACUUUCUGCAAGAAUGAGGAUUUUGAUGGGGCAGCCCAAGUCUUGAGAGAGAUGUUGGACAGAUGCAUGGCUCCUGAUUCAGGUCUUCUAGGUGAGAUUUGUGAAGGUCUCUGCAAAUGCAGAAAAGUUGAAUUAGCCACAAAGCUCUGCAAUGAGAUAGAGGCAAAACACUUCAUGCCAGAGGGUUUCAAUAGAGCUGAAUAUAUCAUUGAUGAACCAGAAAUUGAGAGCACAAAAGUAACGCCAUAAGGUUGUUUAUGCUUUUGUACAUCAACGAAAACCUCAGAAAACUCGGAAAGUAAUUUAGUAAUUGCACAAUUCCCAAUCUUACCAGUCUUAAGCUUUCUGUGGCUUUCAUACUCUUUGUUAUGGUUUCUAUUGGUUUUCUGCAUCUGCCUUUGUUGGGAAACUGGAUCCAAGUAUUGUCGUUGUUUGCAGCAGUGUGGUGAUUCGGUAGUUAAAUCAAUUUUUUUAGGUUCGAUAUUUGGGAUCAGUCUUGAAUCAUUUUGUUUUGGUUCGAUAAUUGGGUUCAGUCAUGAACCAAUUUGUUUGCAUAGGACAUCACAUCAGAAGAAUAUAUGAUGAGGUAAGUAGGCUUCUUUGAUGAAGUCAGCAACAAAUUGGUUUAGUGGUUUAAACUUGAACCGGCCAAGCACUACAGCAUAAGAUGGUGGAUGAUGAAAUCAGCUAGCACUGGAGCACAACAGCUUGAGGAUUGAUGCAAUACAACAGCACCUUGGAGUUUUAGAAGUUGGAAGUCUAUUUCAGGAUGGUUAUCUCGGAUAUAGAGUUACUAAAGAGUAUUUUAUGAGUUGGACUGCAACCAUGGUGAAGAGGAAUAAUGAGGUGGCAGCAGGUUUCAAGGUUCAUCAAGCAAGCAAGUGGGGUCUUGUAUUGAAUCAUGUAUGAGUGGACAAUGAUGUCAUCAAGCAUUAUGGAGUUUACAAUUGCAGAAGCUUGAAUUCUUAAGAGUACGUGGAUAGAAGUAUGCCUCUGCAAGUUUUGAAGGAGUUGGGACUCUUGUAAAUGUGGACAGCAGCCAUACUUAUUUAUCCUUUUUGCAGCAGCAGAUUAACGAUCUAGAGUCCUUAACCUGCAACAUAAGAAGGAGGAGAGAAAAGAGGAAGAUGAAGUUGAUCUUAACAAGCUUCUUUGAAUCAGAUAAGUUUUUGUCCAGCAAGUCUUUGAGAGUUGCAAUUCACAUGGAAGUCUUUGCUGCGUGGUUUUGUCAAAUUAAAUAUGAAGUAGAAGUACAAAAGGGCUGGGAAUUUUUACUUCUCGAAUCAAUUGGUCAGCAAAGGGAGUCCAAAAAGAAUGUGUGUCCUUAUUUUUCUGGCGUGGAUAGCUUGUGAAGUGGUGAGCCAACAAGGACUCUCGGUCAGUCAUGGCUCAAGAAAUUCUCAUCUUAGUUUUACUCACUCAAACACACGGACAGCGUGGUGUUUAGCUUACUGAAGAAGAUGGUAGAAAUUGAAUCUGAUGUGGAUUCUUUCUCCGUGGACUGUUGCUGUCAAAGAUAUUCGGUUUGUUCCGUUCACAUGCAAUAUGAAAACCUCCAUAUUGUAGAAUCGAGUAUAACCUCCAGGCAGCCUGUUGUGAGAGAGAAAAAGCAAGAUUUCUUCUGCUACUCUUUUGUGAAUGCAUUGAUGAAUGAUUGAAGAAGAGGAGGGCAAUCAAUGGAUCAAUUAUUGGUGCUAUUGUAGCUGCUGCAGCAUCCCUCUUUCUCCAGUUUUCAAUGAGGAAUUAAAGAGAAGAAAUUGCUUCUACAGACUGUACUGAAGAGAGAUUUGAAAGAGCCUUACAUGUUGCUGUGGUGGUGUUCUAAUUGAGAAACUAAUCAGUUGCUGCUACUGUGCCUAGAAAUUACUGAGAUCAGUUUGAAGAUUGUAGUUGUCUUCUUCUAUUUGCUGCUAUCCAUUCAAGGAUAUCAAAACUGUGAGUUGAACGUGUUUAUUAUUUGAAGACAAAAGAUUACUGAUCUGCACUGGUGAUUACUGCAUUGAUGGUCUGAGCGUGUCCGAGUCAUCUUCUAUGCGUCAAGCAAGCAGUGAUCAGCGGGAUUACACAAGCUGAGAGAGAGGUGCUCGUGGACUGUUGUAGCGGUUGAAAAAAGUUGAAUAUCGGGAAAAGACAACACCCUAGUAAGAUAAUCCUUCGUGGAUGUAGGCAGUUUGCGCCCGAACCACGUAUAUCUGCACCAGCCGCUCAAGGUUUGUGACAGAAGUUGUGCCAACAGUGUGGUGUGAGUUAGGGUUUGAAUUUGAAUACAUUUUGUGAAGACACUGAUUCACCCCCUUCGCAGUGUCAACUGGGGAUCAUCAACUUUCAAUCUCCAAAUUGUCUUCAGAAAAGUCACUGUUUUCUCAAUGCUACCGUUUGACCAGAGAAACUUGUUGCAUCAUUAACAUGGCUGGUGGUGAUUUGGAGGAUGGCAUAGAUACUUGUGCCCUUGCCUCCAACGAAUAAUUUGACACGUACCAUUCUUGCAUGAAAUAAUUCUUAUAUAAUGCUGUGAAGAAAAAAUGCCAAGAGAAUCUCUAGAGGAUUCAAACAGAUACAUGUUGCUCUUUCAUAUAUAUGUUGCAUGUUAGUAUGCCCAUCUAAUAUUUCAUGGCUAGAUUCAUGCUCAGUCAAUAACAGUUUGUUAAUGGCCUUUCCAUAUUUUCGAGUUUUACAACUGAGAUGUUAUUGAGCCUUAUUAUAACUUUGUUGGAAAUUUACUUCUAGAAUUCCUUGACACCGAAAG